GUGCGCUCACAACCGGCCGUCGUCCCCCCCCACCCCACCCCCGAGAACGGCGCGUCCUCCCCCGGGGCCACCGCAAACCCGCCCGGAAAACUCGAUGUGGAAGCUGGGCUAGGGGAGAAGGCCACGCCAGGGCAGGCAACUCACUAGCAAGGGGGGGGAAAUCGCCAAGCGGAGCUCGUUGAAGUAGCCCAGUUGCCUCCCCCCCGAGCGGCGCUUCGGAAGAGGGGACGGGAGACGACGAAAGCGAUCGGGCCCCGCACGGCACGGCGGAAAACAUGGACUAUGACUUCAAAGUGAAGCUGACGGGCGAGCGGGAGCGAGUCGAGGACCUGUUCGAGUACGAGGGCUGCAAAGUGGGGAGAGGCACCUACGGACAUGUGUACAAAGCCAAGAGAAAAGACGGAAAGGAUGAUAAGGACUACGCCCUCAAGCAGAUUGAAGGCACUGGCAUCUCUAUGUCUGCCUGCAGAGAGAUUGCACUGCUGCGGGAGCUGAAACACCCCAAUGUCAUCUCGCUGCAGAAAGUGUUUCUGUCACACGCAGACCGGAAAGUAUGGCUGCUGUUUGACUACGCCGAGCAUGACCUUUGGCACAUUAUCAAGUUCCACAGAGCGUCCAAGGCCAACAAGAAGCCCCUGCAGCUUCCCAGGGGAAUGGUCAAGUCUCUGCUCUACCAGAUCCUGGACGGCAUCCAUUACCUCCACGCCAACUGGGUCCUGCACAGAGAUCUUAAACCAGCCAACAUUUUAGUGAUGGGGGAAGGGCCAGAGAGGGGUAGAGUAAAGAUUGCGGACAUGGGCUUUGCACGACUCUUCAAUUCACCACUGAAGCCUUUAGCCGAUCUGGACCCGGUGGUGGUCACUUUCUGGUACAGAGCACCUGAACUACUGCUUGGGGCCCGGCACUACACCAAAGCCAUUGACAUCUGGGCGAUUGGCUGCAUCUUCGCCGAGCUGUUGACGUCUGAGCCCAUUUUCCACUGUCGCCAGGAGGACAUCAAAACCAGUAACCCUUACCAUCACGACCAACUGGACCGCAUCUUCAACGUCAUGGGCUUUCCGGCUGAUAAGGAUUGGGAGGACAUCAAGAAGAUGCCAGAACACUCAACUCUGAUGAAAGACUUCAGGAGGAACACAUACACAAACUGCAGCCUUAUAAAAUACAUGGAAAAACACAAAGUGAAACCAGACAGCAAAGCAUUCCACUUGCUUCAGAAGCUGCUGACCAUGGACCCUAUCCGUAGAAUCACAUCUGAACAGGCAAUGCAGGACCCUUACUUCCUGGAGGAGCCCCUGCCCACCUCAGAUGUGUUUGCAGGCUGCCAGAUUCCCUACCCCAAGAGAGAGUUCUUGACAGAGGAGGAGCCAGAGGACAAGGCAGACAAAGUAAGAAAUAAAAACCAGCAGCAGCAACAGGGGAACAACCACACCAACGGGGCAGGGCAUACCGGCAACCCUGAAAACAGUCACGCCCAGGGCCCGCCUCUGAAGAAAGUGCGAGUGGUCCCGCCCACCACUACCUCAGGUGGCCUCAUUAUGACCUCAGACUACCAGCGCUCCAAUCCACAUGCUGCCUACCAAAACCCGGGACCAAGCACAUCACUGCCCCAAAGCAGCAUGGGAUACUCCUCUACCUCCCAGCAGCCGCCUCAGUACUCCCACCAGACCCACCGCUACUGAGACUACACACACACACACACACACACACACACACACACACACACACACACACGCAUACACACACACACACCCACCCCUCUCUUUUUCUCACCAUGCCCCACCUGGGAGAAUGUACUGAGGGAUGUGGGGGAUGUGUCCAUGGCAACAGUUCUCCCCCUCUCCCGCUACUCUUCACCCCCAGAAAGGGCACCUUCCAUGCAGCAGUCUGUAAAGCCAGAACGGGAACUGUCCACGCGUCGUCGAGAUAACGCACCAUAACCCCAGCAUUAGAAACACCGCUACACACGUCAAAACCCGGCGAGUGGAGCUGAAGGCGGGGCAACGAGGAGAAGCGGGGUGGGGGGGGGGGGGGGAGAGCAGACGUGCGAGCAUUGCUUCCCCGCCUGGUUGGUUUUCCAGUCUAGAAUUACCGCCGUCUUACGGCCGUGGGAGGAGAAUCUAACUUGUUUUCAGUGCUGCAGCAGGAGUCGAGGGCGGGUUAAGGGGAAGUGUGAUCAGUCUGCUCUGCCCUCCGUUGUCCUAUCCCUCCCCCCUCCACCUGUGUCUCCACCUCCACCAGCCCCCCCCAACGUCAGCUCCCCUCUUCCUGUUGAAACUUGGAUGAGAUUAAAAGCUGCUAUGUGACUGCCAGCAAUGACAGAGUCCCUGUCCGUCUGUCCUGUCUGUUUUUUUCCGUCUCGUCCGUCCGUUUUGUGUGUGUGUGUGUGUGGCCCCCCCGAGGGCCUUUUAGCUGAGGACCGAACUGAGCUGCUGUGAAGCAUGCUGGGAGGAUGUGGAGCCCCCGCAGCUACGGCGUCGAGGGUUUGAUUCAGAAAGGACAACUACAAAAAAAAAAAAACACAAAAAAAAAAACAUUACAAAAGAAGAUUUUAGUAGUUUAUAAUUUAAUCCGUUUUCAUGGUUUUGUUUUCAUGGCAAGGGUGGCAAAGCAGCUGGCGCUAGCUGAGACCUCAGCUGUCGUGUGCUGGCGGCAUGCCUUAGAUCUUCGUGACAGAACCGAGCAGUGGCGUGGAGGAUGACAGGUGAAACAUGCAUUGUACUGUAUUGUAAUGAAAUAUUUUACAUGACGCAAGUAUCCUGACAAUAAAAGU